UGAACAGCUAGGGAGCCAGGCCACUCAUUCGCCGUCCAGAGUGCCAAGAGCAAGCACACAUACGUACCACACCUCAACACAUACACUCACAAAAUUUAACCUCUCGCGGCGGUUGAUGCUGAUCAGCGCCAAUUCUAUGCAUUUACCAGCUUCGAGGACCUCCAACGUUACCCUGUCCGAGGAGGCGCCUGUGCUCAGCACCCUGCAGGACACCACCAACAAGAUGUCAACGUCGGACGCCGGCGGUGGCACGGCCGUGCAGAGCUCCUCCGGCGCCUCCGGAGGCGCCGCCAGCAACAACGGCGGCGAGUUUUGGUGGACGGAGCGGAUGCUGUGCGAGGUCCAGUCCGAACACCCGGGCGAACUCAUCCGCACGGGCAGCCCGUAUUUCCUGUGCUCGGCCCUGCCACCCCACUGGCGCUCCAACAAGACGCUGCCGGUGGCCUUUAAAGUGGUGGCCCUCGGAGAGGUCAUGGAUGGCACCGUGGUCACCGUCCGCGCCGGCAACGACGAAAACUACUGCGCCGAACUGCGGAACUGCUCAGCCAUCAUGAAGAACCAGGUGGCCAAAUUCAACGACCUCAGAUUCGUCGGCAGAAGCGGCAGAGGAAAGAGCUUCUCGUUAACGAUCUCAAUCAACACUUCGCCACCGCAGAUCGCGACAUACAGCAAAGCCAUCAAAGUCACCGUCGACGGACCCCGCGAACCGCGCAGUAAGACUCGUCAGCAACAGCAAUUCCGAGCGAUCGCGUUAGGGCAGCGUCCUUACUUAGAUUCACACCCGUUCGGCAACCACCACCUGCGGGACAUUGAGAAUUACCGUCGAAAGUCGGCCGACACCUCUUCCUCGUCGUCCUCCCUCGGAAACGCGAACGCGUCGUCGGUUACUCCGCUGGCCACUUUCAAGACGCCGCACACGCCACCUUCGACAGACCCACUUGCGACAAACGUAGCAAAUGCUGAUUUGGACAUGCCGUCGAGUGAGAGUUCUUGGAAUGGAUUCUGUUCCAGCACCUACCCUUCAUACCACUUGACCUCAUCACCUUUGCAGUCUUCGGGUUAUACGCCGUUUGCUACAGACAUUUCCACGCUGGCCGAAAACAACCCUACUCCCAUUUCACAUCAUCUCCCCUCAGGUUUGUCCGACCACACGGCAAUGUCUGCCGAGUACUCGUACAGUGAAUCGCGUCCGAAAACUGAAAUGGAGGUGUUAGGGAGCAGCCGGCAGAAUGCCGAAGCGUACUCGCCGCUGCUGAUGCGCUACCCCACAGACCAAACAACCGCCCCGUCAGGGUAUCUGCACACCGGGACGUCGCCCACGUCAUCACCAACGCCCUUGUCCCUGAUGUCAUCGAACCCCUCCAACAGCUCCUACAUCAUCAUGCACAACAACUACUCCACAAAUUCGUCCUUUUACGGUAGCGCCUCGUGUCCAGGCGGCAGCUCCAGUCCAGCCGCCUCGUCCACCUACCUGCCACCCACCAUUCUCUACCCCCAUUUGUACAAUCAAAACCACCAAAUCCACUUGCACCUGCAGCACGACGCUGAGAACAAACCCGAAGUCCAGUACAGCACAACCACCGCACAGGACGAACUGGCAAUCGUCACGAGCACCAGCAACGUCACAAUUUCAGGGUCAAGAGCCAUCGAGCAGGGUACGAUGAUUGCAGAGACGCAGCCCGUGACUGACGACUCGAGGUACUCCAACGAUCGACACGCCGACCCUUCAGUCUGGAGACCAUACUAGUUCGCAGAUUUGUGCCAGACGUGUAUUGUUAUCGUGAUCUCUUUCUGUUUUACUAACUUGAAAGUGGCAUUAAUUGUUUCCUAGAAUGCAUCAAGAAGCGCGGAGAGAAAUAUCAAAGGUGCGCUCAAUUUUAAUUUGUCAAGGACUUGGCGCCUUGCUUGUGUUGCGUAAUUUUUAAGAAACUGUCAAAAAUGGUCAAAGUUUGAUAUGUAUAUCAUUUUCAGUUUGUUAGUUAUGAUUAAAUGUUAAAUAUGCCAAAAACAUUUCCAUUGUUAUAAAUCGUUUUUGAAUUGAAGGCACUGUAAAGUUUGGAUUUUGUUUGUAAUUAUAAAAAAUAUUUAAUUUAAGGGGACUGCUUCAAUACAACCUCUUCAUUUUAUAUUGAAAUCUACCUUUUUGUAAUGUGCAAUUAAUUAAUUGUAACAAAAAUAAAUGGAAAA